AUGCACGACCAGAAAAGAGAGGGUCAGUUCCUGAGCCCAACAUAUCCCGGAGUGUAUCCCAAGAACCUGAGCUGUCAGUACCGAUUCCUCGGCAAAAAAGGACAACGAGUCAGACUUGAGUUCAUGGAUUUCGAUCUCUUUUAUGGCGGCCCGCACUGUCCGUUUGAUUACAUCAAAGUAUAUGACGGCGCCUCAGAUCAGGACCCACUCAUCGCCACGUAUUGCGGGCAACAAAGAAAUCUUAUGGUAUAUUCUUCGGGAGAGAAUCUAUUCGUUCAGUUCAAUACACUGAAGAGGACGGCCGACAGUCAGAAUAGA